AUGGCGGGCCGUCAGCAGUGGGGUGGUCGACAUGAGGGCUUUGGAUCUGGGAGAUUUGGUUGUGGUGCGAGGCGUACUUCGACCCGUGGAGGAUUUGGCCACAAUGAUGGAAGAUCUUGGCAGCCAAGGGGUGUUAGGUCAAAUCCUCAUCUUCAAGAUUCUUCUAAGGAUGAUAUGGCUUUGGAGGUGGGUUCAGGAUCUCAGCCCCCAGAUCCAUGGGCGGCUGCGGCUUCUAAAGAAAAUCGAGGCCGGCUGGAUCACUGGGCCGAGAUGCAAUCAGAAUGGGUGGUGAAUCCUCAACAAGGAGAAGUGGCUCGAGAGAUUCAUGCCCCAUCUGCCUCUAAGUCUAUUGGUUCUGAUGUAAGUGCCUUUGUUUCUUCCCGGGCUCUAAAUGUAAAUGCUUCUGCUUCUCUUGUGAAAGGGGAAUGGGGUUCAAGCUUUGAGGCUGGUGCUUGUUUUAGUUGUGGGUCUUUUGAUCACUUGGUUAAAGACUGCCCUAGUUCUAUUCGGUGCUUUAGAUGUGGGCGAGAUGGGCAUGGAUCUAGGAUGUGUCCUAAGAGACAGCCUUGGGAGUUUAUUGCUCCAGUGUGUGGAACUCAAUGUGCUGAGCAGGCCUUUUUCUUUAUUGAGAAUGUGCCAAAUGCGAAUGCCAUCAAAGAAAGAUCCAGUUUAGCUAUGAUUACUGUGGUUAAGGGUGUUGCUUCUACUCAGUAA